AUGGAGGAAUAUGAUAUUAUUGUGCUUGGAACUGGACUUAAGGAAUGUGUCCUGUCUGGUUUAUUGUCUCGAAGUGGGAAAAAGGUUCUUCACAUUGACAAGAAUCCUUACUAUGGAGGAGAGAGUGCAUCCAUUUCUUCCCUUGAGGAGCUGUACAAGAAGUUUAAGGUUCCCGGACCUGAUAAGUCUAUCGACCACGGAAAAGAGUGGAACAUCGACCUUAUCCCCAAAUUUUUUCUCGCCAAUGGUGAGCUGGUGAAAAUCUUGGUGCACACUGAGGUCACUCGAUAUCUGGACUUCAAAGUUGUUGAAGGCAGCUAUGUUUACAAAGCAGGCAAAGUGCACAAAGUCCCCGGCACAGAGGAGGAUGCCAUGCAUGCUACAGAUCUGAUGGGCAUGUUUGACAAGAGAAGGUUCAGGAAGCUGCUGCUCUUUGCCCUGAACUUUGACGGGAGAAACCCUCGGAACUGCCAUGACGUGGAUCCUAACAAAAUGACCUCACGGGACCUCUUCUACCGCUUUGACUUGGGACAAGAUGUCAUGGAGUUCACAGGUCAUGCCAUAGCCUUACACAGCAAUGAGAGUUACCUGGACCAGCCGUGUGGGGAAACCAUCAGACGGAUAAAGCUGUACUCUGAGUCUAUGUCCCGCCACAACAUCAGUCCAUACCUCUACCCUGUGUACGGGCUGGGCGAACUACCACAGGGAUUUGUCAGACUGAGUGCAGAGUACGGAGGCACUUUCCUCUUGAACAGAACAGUGGAUGAGCUUGUGAUGGACAAUGGCAAAGUGAAAGCUGUGAAGUCUGAGGGGAAGCUGUUCCACUGCAAACAGCUCAUCUGUGACCCCAGCUACGUUCCUCAUAGAGUGAGGAAAGUGGGGCGUGUGAUAAGAGUCAUCUGUUUAUUAAAUCAUCCAGUUAAAAACACAGACAAGGCACACUCCUGCCAAAUCAUCAUCCCUCAAACUCAACUCAACAGGAAAUCUGACAUUUACAUAUCUGUAGUUUCCUAUGUCCACAAUGUGGCCUCAGAAGGGAUGUACAUCGCCACGGUGAGCACGACUGCAGAAACCAGAAACCCAGAGAAAGAAGUUCGGCCAGGCCUGGAGCUUCUCGAGCCCAUCAUGAAAAAAUUUGUUUCAGUCAGCAAGAUGCUCGUUCCAAAUGAAGACGGAAAAAAGAGUCAGAUAUUUGUGUCCCGCUCAUAUGAUGCUGUCAACCACGUUGAGGCUGAAUGUGAGGACAUCAAAGACAUGUACCGCCGGAUAACAGGAGAAGAGCUCUGCUUCAGAGGAUCACAGAGACACCAGUCUCACAACUCUGAUGAUGAACGAGAGACACUUUCAACAUCAGGACACAACAAUUCAGCAGCUGAGAGGCCAUAA